UAUUGAGAGAAGUUAACAUCACAAGUAAAUCGGCUACAAGUGCUUUAUUUUGUUUCUUAGUCAAGCCGUUUUUCGAUAGUUUUACCCAUCUCUAAUACUGACCACGUUUUUCUAAAUUCAAUGUCAUGCCGUGUUGACUUUCACCACUCAAUGACAUCUCGCAUGGAAAUUUUCAGUGCCAAACAUUUCAUUUUCAUGUAAUCCAUAAAUUAAUCGUUAUACAAAUUAGGUCCAAAUUAUCAAGUAUAAUAGGAAAGAAACGCAUACAAAAUGGCUUCUACAUUGGCGAAGAAACUGGCAGAACAACUGAAAUCAAAGGAAUUUAGGGACUAUUUGAUGAGUACCCAUUUCUGGGGACCAGUUGCAAAUUGGGGAAUACCUAUAGCAGCUAUCGCAGACAUAUCCAAGGACCCAAAGAUUAUAAGUCCUACAAUGACUGUAGCUCUCUGCCUGUAUUCUGCCAUGUUCAUGAGGUUUGCUUGGAAGGUACAGCCCAGAAAUAUGUUGCUUUUUGCCUGUCACUUCACCAAUGAAGGGGCCCAGCUGACACAACUCACUAGAUCAAUUAAAUACAACUAUGUAGACAAAAAGAAGGAUAACCCACCAAAAGAAUAACACAAGUACCUUGUGGGAAAAAAUAUCACAAAGUAACUGACUAGGUGGGCUUUUAGGAAAUUGUAUAUAUCAUUUUAUCCCUAGAACUUUCCAUAGCAAAUUCAUAUAUACAAUUUUACAAAUACUGUACAAAUCUAUUUAAUUUAUAUAUCUGAAAAAUAGUUCUUUUAGGUGGGGCUAUGAUAUAAUCAUUUGUAAACUUUGACAGGCACUAUCAUAAUAGUGGAUAGAAUAGUUUUCUAAUUUUAUCCAUAAAUUCUAGAAUUAUUUUAUGAUAUUGCCUUUCUUUUAAGAAAUGACACGAUUGUUGUAAUCAAAGAAUUAUUUUACAGUUAAUUAAGUUAUACAAUAUAUUUUUACAUAAAGCAUUGUACAUACUAUUUAUUGAAAUGAUUAUGUAAAUGUGAUAUAAAUGGUAACUUUUUGCUCAUAAAUGUACAGCUUCUAUUUAACAUUAAGGAAGUCCUUGUAUUGUUCUACAAAAUAAUUCAGUAAAAGCUGAAUACUUUUUUAAUAUCAGCUAAAGAAUCUCUGCAUAAAUAAGUCGAAUCUAGAAUCUGCUUGAAACAAUAAUAGGCAGUACUGUAGUUUCCAGUAAAAGUUGAAAGUUUUCUGCUCAAAAUAUAUAUUUCAGGGUUUCUGGUGACUAUAAACAGGGUAGCUAACAGAUCUUUUACAACCUCACUUUAGCCAUAAGUAAUUUAUAUUGAGAGAACUAUGUAUUUAUUUAAAAUCUGCCUAAUGUUGUGUGAUAGUAGGAUACAGGAAAAUAGUUUAUCACUUCUGACAUAAAAACUGACGAAUUACUGAGACAGUCAUGAUAGGUAAUGAACUUUAUCAGCUCAAUUCACAUAUGUUUUACAAUUUCCUGUGGAAUAAAGGCUUUAUUUUUAUGCAUAGUA